AUGUCUGUGUGGAAAAAAGCCGCAAAGGCACAUCAGAAAACGCACAAGGAGCGUCACCAACCUGAAGACCGCCAGCACUUGGGUUUACUAGAAAAAAAGAAAGAUUACCAACGACGAGCGAAAGACUACAAUGAAAAGAAAGCCACGCUAAAACUUCUCCGCAAACGAGCUCUAAACAAAAAUCCCGAUGAAUUCUAUCACCACAUGAUUAAUUCGAAAAUCGAAGAUGGAAGGCAUUUUGAGAAAGAUACCGAACCCGAGGACACUGCAGACCAAAAUCAACUUAUGCGAACCCAGGAUUUGAAAUACAUUGUCACUAAACGAACUCAAGAACUGAAAAAGAUCGAGAAACUGCAAGCUGAACUACACCUUACUAGUGUUGAUGUAUUAAAAAAGAAUAAACACAUCUACUAUGACAAAGAAGUGAAAAAACAAGCUGAAGAGCGGACUUUGCAGCAUUUGAUGGAACAGGAGCUUCCAGAUGUGGAUGAAAACACUUUGGCUGAGUCUGCAAAGAAAAGGAAAGCCUUGUACAGGGAGUUGAGCAAGAGGAUAGAAAGGGAGAGGGAACUAGCUAUUGUGCAACAGAAGAUGGAAACAGCAAAAGCUAUUGAGAAUAAGAAGUCUGUGUUGAAGCCUAAAAGGGUUAAAAAAGGUACUAAAGAUCAGGCACCUAUUUAUGUUUGGAAAUAUGAAAGAAAAAAAUAG